UUUCCCUGAAUUCUGAUUUUCCAGUAGACUAGAAGCAAAUAUCUGGUCUCAAUUCACAGAUAUUUAGUUCAAACAAACCAAGAUUUCUUGACUUGAAGAACAAGGGCAGAAACAGCUGUUACUUCUCUGAAUUAAAUGAGCAGAACUGGUAUAUUACAGAAUCUGGCAUAGUGAGUUGGGAGAAAUUGUCACCCAACCCGUUUUUGAACAAGCCAACAUUGCAAUGUCCUGCAACCUCUGCCUGACUUUUUACAUAAGGCCUUAUAAUGAAGAUUUGUGGCUUUGCAUUAAAAAACUAAUACUAAGAAAGUUUACAUACAAAUAACACCAAAGAUGAUUUAUUGUGGUUUUUACAGCGCCGAUGAGGACAUUUAGUGCUUAUAGGGAUUACGGAGGACCCCCUAAACCAGUGUAAAAAGAUCAGCUAUUCUACAGUGGAGAGCAUUUCCUCUGUAGAUCAAAGGAGCUUAAGCCUAUGCUAAGUCUUUGGGGUGGUAAAUUGAGUUCACACGUGCAAUAUCAUUGCACUGUAAGGGCCAAAUGUAUUCCUUUUUCAUCCUUUACUGCUCUGACCUUUCAACACUUUAGACAUCCUUUUGUUUUUCUUUUUCCAUCAGUAAAGCAGCUGUGAAUCAGUUGAGGGCAGUAACUAAUUUGCCAAUGUCUCUGGAAUGUUAGGUUUUUUACCCAUUUGGGCUUGAGGUCUCCUCUUAUAUAUUGCAAAUUGGAACUGAAACUUGUUAUUAUUUCUGAAGCCAUUUAGUAACCUGGUAGUAUUUUUUAUAUCUUCAGUAUGAUAUUCUAGGUGAGUAAGGUAGUGAAUUUUCACCACAGUAAAGGUACGGUUUUGACUAUUUACUCAGAAUAUCAGUAUAAUGUUUUGUGUAGCAUCUUGGCUUUAAAAGUCUCCAGAGGUAACAUUUCUGGCUUGGGGAUUUCUAUGGAGAAGAAUAGUUGUGCCUCUUCUGUUCAUAAAAGAUGGGAUGUGCAGAGUAACACAAGAAGCCAACAAACAAGCAAAAAGGACAUGCUUGACUUUCAGAAGGGAACACAAAUGAGAAUUUUCUUGCCCUUAUUUAUAGAGCUAGCAUGUGUUUUCACAAAAUGUUUAUAUUUUGUGAAUGAUUGUGCCUUGAAAUCCUGCAAUAAUAAUACUUAAACAUAAUCAUUGUUAGUUGUGGUCAUGUUAGCAUAUAUAUUAUAUUUUGGUUGGUAUCAGAAUCAGAGUCAGAAUGCCCUGCUUUUCUUCCCUACAAGUUCUGACUACAAGCCAUCUUAGUAUCUAAUCGGACAAGCACCUUCUGAGCUGCCCGAGAGUAGGAGGUGUGCAUGCCUAUUGACCUGCACAGGAAUGGAGCAAGAGGCCUUUGUCCUCACUCACUAAUCAUGUGCUCUGAUCCUUUAAGCUAACAAUCUACCGGUUAGAGAAUUGAAAUGAUGUAAAGGAAUAAGACCUGACAUAUUGUUAAUUGUGGACCUCCGUUUAGACUAAAUCUACAAAGAAGAAUUAAUGUCUGGCUAUUAGAAUUCAGAGAGAAGGUCCCCUGUGAACAAACAGAUUGUUUGCAAUGUGCAAUAGCUGUACUUAUCCUUCUGUGAGUUGCUUAUAAUCCUUGAUUCCAGCCGGAGAUUACCAGUAGUAAAGCCCCUUCCCCAAACCACAUAACAAUUUGAGUAACACAUUUAAAGGAUAAAACUAGAUUCAAGCCAUACUGGGGAAAUAUUUUACCUAGAGCCCCCCUGUUGACAGCAUGUGGACUUGGAAACUCUGGAGAGGCCACUUUCAAGGCUGUGAAAGCAGGAAAGUCACUGAACUUAAUGGAGCCUCUGUUCCUUCAUCUGUAAAAUGAUAAAUCUCUAGAUAAUAGAGUGAGUUAACUAUGCAUUGCUCAGCACAUAGUUAGGCUUGCAGCGAAAGGUUUGUUUAAUCUGAAUCUGAGGAGAAAGGUCAAAAUAAAUGAGAUCCAAAAUUUUAGAUAAGGAGAAAGGAAGACAUUUUAAAAAUGGAGAUGCAAAAUGUGAAGAUCAGGAAAAUAAAUUUUUGAAGAUUGAAUUGCAAGAGCUAUAUCACUGUUUUGUAGGCAGGGAAAAUGAUUUUCCUUUUCAACAAGCAAUUUAAAAUAUUAAUAGUUUAAAAAUAGUUUUAUGUUAGAUUCUAAACAAUUAGGAUUGAUUUCCCUGGGAGGGCCCUCUUCCCUCAUUGAUCCUUGUCAUAGACCAUGAAAGGUUAUAGGAUCAGCAUACUGCAGAUGGACGAAAGGGAGGAAAAAUACCUGAGAAAUUUUGUUAAAUUAUAUUUGCAUUUACAUUUUAUUUUUCAUUCUGAAUGUAGUUUGUAUGAGUAAAGCUAGAAGAAGCAUUUUCCAAGUAGGUAGAAAGAGAUACAUGAGAGGAAGAACUUUGUUCAGAGAUGUCCUGAACACCUCCCACCCUGCUGAUUAAUUUUGAGCUGUGAAUAUUACAGGAUGCUUGAAAGGCUGAUUCACAGUGGGCAGUGAAUUCUGGGUGCUUAUGGAUAGUACUGGAAAUAGGGGAUGUGGUUUGUCUGAUGAGUUGUAUGGAAGUGGAUUGUGCUUGUCUAAUAAAUUCUUAGGCAUUUUGUAAACAGGAGAGUUAAUUGGUGCUGUAGUCCCAGGUUGAUCUCUGGAUGAUACAUCUGGCUUUGCACAGGGUAGCUCUUUAUGCGCAAACACCUUAGCCCUGACCCCUGCCAGCCACUCUCAUAUGCAUAUAUAUAUAUAUAUAUAUAUAUUUUUUUUUUUUUUGAGAUGGAGUCUCACUCUCACCCAAGUUGGAGUACAGUGGCGCAAUCUCAGCUCACUGCAAUAUCUGCCUCCCAGGUUCAAGCGAUUCUUCUGCCUCAGCCUCCCUAGUAGCUAGGACUACAGGCACAUGCCACCACACCUGGCUAAUUUUUGUAUUUUUAGUCGAGACGGGGUUUCACCAUGUUACCCAGGCUGGUCUUGAACACCUGACCUUGUGAUCCACUCACCUCGGCCUCCCAAAGUGCUGCGAUUACAGGCGUGAGCCACCACACCCAGCUACAUAUUUCUUAUGAUGAAGCCAAUGAAGGAAUAGUAGGGGAACCUUUACUGGAAAAAGCAAUUUGGAGUGCGUGGCCUGAUGAUGAUAGGGGCUCUAAAGGACUACUACCACUUCUACCAUAGCAGGACGAUUAAAAGGUCAGUUAUCUCGAGCAGAGGGACCCACAGUUUCAUUUCAAUGGAACCAAAGGUGGAAUGGAUCCAACAGCAAGUGGUUAAAAAGCGGACAAAGAGGGAUUAUGACUUCAGUCGUGCCCAGUCUACCUAUUUCAAUGAUCCCAAGUGGCCAAGCAUGUGGUAUAUGCACUGCAGUGACAAUACACAUCCUUGCCAGUCUGACAUGAAUAUCGAAGGAGCCUGGAAGAGAGGCUACACGGGAAAGAACAUUGUGGUCACUAUUCUGGAUGAUGGAAUUGAGAGAACCCAUCCAGAUCUGAUGCAAAACUACGAUGCUCUGGCAAGUUGCGACGUGAAUGGAAAUGACUUGGACCCAAUGCCUCGUUAUGAUGCAAGCAACGAGAACAAGCACGGGACUCGCUGUGCUGGUGAAGUGGCAGCCGCUGCAAACAACUCACACUGCACAGUCGGAAUUGCUUUCAACGCCAAGAUCGGAGGAGUACGAAUGCUGGACGGAGAUGUCACGGACAUGGUAGAAGCAAAAUCAGUUAGCUUCAACCCCCAGCACGUUCAUAUUUACAGUGCCAGCUGGGGCCCAGAUGAUGAUGGCAAGACUGUGGAUGGACCAGCCCCCCUCACCCGGCAAGCCUUUGAAAACGGCGUUAGAAUGGGGCGGAGAGGCCUUGGCUCUGUGUUUGUUUGGGCAUCUGGAAAUGGCGGAAGGAGCAAAGACCACUGCUCCUGUGAUGGCUACACCAACAGCAUCUACACCAUCUCCAUCAGCAGCACUGCAGAAAGCGGAAAGAAACCUUGGUACCUAGAAGAGUGUUCAUCCACGCUGGCCACAACCUACAGCAGCGGGGAGUCCUACGAUAAGAAAAUCAUCACUACAGAUCUGAGGCAGCGUUGCACAGACAACCACACUGGGACGUCAGCCUCAGCCCCCAUGGCUGCAGGCAUCAUUGCACUGGCGCUGGAAGCCAAUCCGUUUCUGACCUGGAGAGACGUACAGCAUGUUAUUGUCAGGACUUCCCGUGCGGGACAUUUGAACGCUAAUGACUGGAAAACCAAUGCUGCUGGUUUUAAGGUGAGCCAUCUUUAUGGAUUUGGACUGAUGGAUGCAGAAGCCAUGGUGAUGGAGGCAGAGAAGUGGACCACUGUUCCCCGGCAGCACGUGUGUGUGGAGAGCACAGACCGACAAAUCAAGACAAUCCGCCCUAACAGUGCAGUACGCUCCAUCUACAAAGCUUCAGGCUGCUCGGAUAACCCCAACCGCCAUGUCAACUACCUGGAGCACGUGGUUGUGCGCAUCACCAUCACCCAUCCCCGGAGAGGGGACCUGGCCAUCUACCUGACCUCACCCUCAGGAACUAGGUCUCAGCUUUUGGCCAACAGGCUAUUUGAUCAUUCCAUGGAAGGAUUUAAAAACUGGGAGUUCAUGACCAUUCAUUGCUGGGGAGAACGAGCUGCUGGUGACUGGGUCCUUGAAGUGUAUGAUACUCCCUCUCAGCUAAGGAACUUUAAGACUCCAGGUAAAUUGAAAGAAUGGUCUUUGGUCCUCUAUGGCACCUCCGUGCAGCCAUAUUCACCAACCAAUGAGUUUCCUAAAGUGGAACGCUUCCGCUAUAGCCGAGUUGAAGACCCCACAGAUGACUAUGGCACAGAGGAUUAUGCAGGUCCCUGCGACCCUGAGUGCAGUGAGGUUGGCUGUGACGGGCCAGGACCAGACCACUGCAGUGACUGUUUGCACUACUACUACAAGCUGAAAAACAACACCAGGAUCUGUGUCUCCAGCUGCCCCCCUGGCCACUACCAUGCCGACAAGAAGCGCUGCAGGAAGUGUGCCCCCAACUGUGAGUCCUGCUUUGGGAGCCAUGGUGACCAGUGCCUGUCCUGCAAAUAUGGAUACUUUCUGAAUGAAGAAAUCAACAGCUGUGUUACUCACUGCCCUGAUGGGUCAUAUCAGGACACCAAGAAAAAUCUUUGCCGGAAGUGCAGUGAAAACUGCAAGACAUGUACUGAAUUCCAUAACUGUACAGAAUGUAGGGAUGGGUUAAGCCUGCAGGGAUCCCGGUGUUCUGUCUCCUGUGAAGAUGGACGAUACUUCAAUGGCCAGAACUGCCAGCCCUGCCACCGCUUCUGUGCCACUUGUGCUGGAGCAGGAGCUGAUGGAUGCAUUAACUGCACAGAGGGCUACUUCAUGGAGGAUGGGCGAUGCGUGCAGAGCUGCAGUAUCAGCUAUUACUUUGACCACUCUUCAGAGAAUGGAUACAAAUCCUGCAAAAAAUGCGAUACCAGUUGUUUGACGUGCAAUGGCCCAGGAUUUAAGAACUGUACAAGCUGCCCCAGUGGGUAUCUCUUAGACUUAGGAAUGUGUCAAAUGGGAGCCAUUUGCAAGGAUGGAGAGUACGUUGAUGAGUAUGGUCACUGCCAGACCUGUGAGGCCUCAUGUGCCAAGUGCCAGGGACCAACCCAGGAAGACUGCACUGCCUGUCCCAUGACAAGAAUUUUAGAUGAUGGCCAUUGUGUAUCGAACUGUCCCUCAUGGAAAUUUGAAUUUGAGAACCGAUGCCAUCCAUGCCACUACACCUGCAAGAGAUGCCAAGGAAGUGGGCCUACCCACUGUACCUCCUGUGGAGCAGACAACUAUGGCCGAGAGCACUUCCUGUACCAGGGAGAGUGUCGAAAUAGCUGCCCAGAUGGCCACUACCCCACUGGGGGGAACACCUGCCUGCCCUGCCCAGACAAGUGUGAGCUUUGCCACAGCGCACAUGUCUGCACAAGAUGCACGAGGGGUUACUUCAUAGCACCCACCAACCACACAUGCCAGAAGUUGGAGUGUGGACGAGGUGAAGUCCAAGACCCAGACUAUGAAGAAUGUGUCCCUUGUGAAGAAGGAUGUCUGGGAUGUAGCUUGGAUGAUCCAGGAAUCUGCACAUCUUGCGCUAUGGGGUAUUACAUGUUUGAUCACCAUUGUUAUAAAAUCUGUCCUGAGAAGACCUACAGUAAGGAACUGGAAUGCAAGGCAUGCAAUAGUAACUGUGGCAGCUGUGACCAGAAUGAGUGUUACUGGUGUGAAGAGGGCUUCUUUCUCUUGGGUGGCAGCUGUGUGAGGCAAUGUGGCCCUGGCUUCUAUGGUGACCAAGAAAUGGGAGAAUGUGAGCCCUGCCACCGAGCAUGUGAAACCUGCACAGGCCCCGGCCGUGACGAAUGCAGCAGCUGCCCAGAAGGACUGCAGCCACUGCAUGGGAUGUGUGUGCGUGCCACCCAGACCCAGGCGGAGGGCAAAUUCUGGAAUGAAGCUGUGCCCACUGCAAACCUAUCUGUGGUGAAGAGCCUGCUGCAGGAGCGACGAAGGUGGAAGGUUCAAAUCAAAAGAGAUAUUUUGAAAAAAUACCAGGCUUGUCAUUAUUCUUGUAAAACCUGCAAUGGAUCUGCAACUCUGUGUACUUCAUGUCCCAAAGGUGCAUAUCUGUUGGCUCAGGCCUGUGUUUCUUCCUGUCCUCAAGGCACAUGGCCCUCUGUAAGGAGCAGGAGAUGUGAGAACUGUACAGAGACCUGUGCCGUCUGCUCUGGAGCCAGUCUUUGUGAAAAGUGCCAGAUGCAGCCUGGCCACCCUCUCUUCCUCCAGGAAGGCAGGUGCCUCUCCAAGUGCCAGGAGUAAGUUUCCUUUUUUCGUUUACUUCCUGCUUGUAAUCACUCUCCUAUGUUCCUUCGGCAACAAUUCCUUCUUAUUUACGGAAAAACUUCUUGCUCGAUGAGUGCCCACAUAAAUGUCCUCUGUUGACUGACAUUGCUGUGGGCCACAGCGGACUUAUGUGAGGCCAGAUGCCCACUUCUCCUUUGUGACUAUUUUAUGCGUAUAUUUGUACUUUUAUGAAAGGUAUGUUCAGGGGCUGGGUGUAGUGGCUCACGCCUGUAAUCCCAACACUUCAGGAGGCCAAGGUGGAAGGAUCGCCAAGAGUUUGAA